UGACCUAAUAUCAUAUUUUGGGGAUUAUUGAUAAUAGGGAUGUAACUGCCUUAUUGCUAGUAAUAUAUCCUUAUCAGGUCGUCUUCCACGCGGUUCUUCCUGGAAACCAUCUUGGUUAAUUCUUUAUGAACUCGUCAUUAUGGGCAAACUGACUCGUUUCAUCCACAGCGGGCGAGGCUGCCAUUCCAUUAUCACCCAUUAUACAGAGGAAUAACACCUGAGUCCUCAGGAAUGGCAACGCAUGGGGGGUAUCAUGGGCGAAAUAGUAUACUCUGUUAUGUCCAUGGUACUGCUCAUGUCUAUAGGCGACGGUUACCACUUUCCAUCAGGUGGGCCGUCAGCUUGUUUGCCAUUCUAAGUUGUAUAAAAAAAACCCAUUAAAAAAUCAUACGUUGGGGGAAAGGGAUUGUUAGUAAUAAGGAUCUGACAGUCCCAUUGCUAAUAAUAUACCCUUAUCAAAUCGACCUCCACGCGGUUACUCCUGAAAACGUUGGGGAGAAAGAAAUAGUACUAGUAGGAUAUGGUCCAAUUGCCUGUUUUAUCCUUACCUAUCGUCCCUCAUUGGCGUCCAACUAGUGUAUAUCAAUAUCACAGACGGGAUUACUAUUUUAUACACUCAUAAAAAAUAAACUCACACUUCACUGGCGCCCCGCUUCUUCUUCUUUUCAUUUAAGAGUUUCCUCUUGUCGGUGCAACUAAUUCAUGCAUCUUCUUCCAGCCAGCUCUAUCCCAGGCCAUAUCCUUGAUCUCCCUAUACGACAUGACACCUAGUGUUUCUUUUAUCUGUCCCAUGUAGUUAUUCCUCGGUCUUCCUCUUUUGCCCUCUAUUUUUCCUUCUACUAUGCUCUUAAAAAAUCGUCAUGUCGUAUAAAGUGACCCAGCAUUUUGGCUCUUCUAUUCUCUAUUAUUUUAAUUAAUGUUCUUUUCUCGUUCACUCUUUUCAGGACUACCUCAUUCGUUAGUUUUGCGCCUCGCUAUUGUACGUAAAUAGAUGGAUGCACUAUUCAAUUAAAAAAAAAAAUAGGCUAUUUUCAUGUAACAUCAUUAUUAGAUAAAGAUAUAAUUAUCUGUAAUCUGUUAACGAUACGUGAGAUUGGACCAAUUAGCACCAACGGCCACAUAUCGAAAAAUCGCGUAUGGCAUACGUGCUUUGUCUCCAGAUUCUGUUAUCUGAUAGAUAUGGGGUUCACAACUGGUCUAAUAUAGGUUGAGUUCUGGUUGAUAGUCAUCACUUGAGUGCCUCCAUGUGCGAAGUGGAAGAUGUGGCGGUGGUUGCUGUUGGGUUUAUCGGUGCAUUGGAAUACUAUAAUAUCCCAGCCGAUCACAAACGAUCAUGAGCGGACACAACCGACGGAAUGCUGUCCGUGCCCGAAGGAUCACGUCACUACUGUUUCCGACCAACGCUUCCUAUCAGACGAGGAAAAUGCGACUCUAUCUGAAAACUUUGCUAAUAUCGAAACCAGUUUUGAUCGUGAAAAUAAUUCUAAUAGCAAUGAUCAACUCCUACUGCGUGACCCGAGCGGCACGUAUGCGGACGCACCUAAUGGCAUUAUGGAUAACUGUCCGUGCAGGGUUCGAGAUGCUGACACCGUGGGAUCGCCAUCAAAAUUCAUUCCGUCAGCAGUUAAUGAUAUUUGGACUGACGUAAGCUCUAAAGAGAAAAAAGAAGAUAUUAAACCGCUUUUACAUCCUGAAGUGGACCUAGCAUCAUCGGUGUUAGAAACUCUACGCGAAGCUACAGAUGAAGAGUACAGUGAUGCAUUGGUAAGAGAUGCUGCUAAAAAUGCUAUGCGAGAGGAUGAUAGUAUUGAAAGUAAUGUUAAAUCUGCUCUAGAUACUGCUAAAAAUAUUGUAAAUCUUAUAAUAAAUCCAAAACAAGAAGCUGAUGUACAAGAUGAUGUUAUUCAAGAAGAAUCUCAUACUCAUGAAUCUAGAUGUAUUCAUCCUCUUAGUAAAUUUAAUAUUAUGACAAAAGAACCAAUAACAAAACCUUCAAAUUUAUUAUCUGAAUUAUACUACUUACCUAAAAUGAAACCUUUAUUUCACAAGAAAAAUCUAGACAUGGAUAAUAGUGUUGGAGCUAGUAACGUAAAUGAACAUAUAGUUAGUAGUAGUAAUGUAAAAAAUAAUCUAAAUUUAAAAUCAAAUCCCUCCUUAUUUAAUUUGUACUCGGAUGAUGGCCACAAAGAAGAUACUGAUUUAUUCAAAGAAAGUAAUAAGCUGCAACCUAAUAUUUUAACGUUAUUUAAAAAUGAAAUAGCUAAUGUGAAGCCAUAUCCUACUCUAAAACAAAUUAUAACUCCUAAUGACAUUAAUAAAGAUGUUGACAAUUCAUUAUUGGCAAUUCAAAAGCCUAAUAGGAACAAUAUAGAUUCAAAGUUUAAAUUAAAAUCUUUAUUACCAAUUUCUGGACUAACAGUAACUACAAUGAAACCAUUUAAUUUAAAAAAUCUAUUAAAGUUGAAAGAUGUAGAACUGAUCUCUCCUAGUAAGAUUGUAAAAACGGAAACUGAGAAUGUGAAAGGUAAUAUACCUCAACUUUUACCUGUUUUAGAAGAAACAAAUCUUUUUAAAGAUUUUGAAUCUUCUAAUUUAGGUGAUUUUAUUAGCAACGAAUUAAAUUUGAAUAUUAACGCUUUAAAGAAAAAUAAUCACCUCAAUAAUUAUAAAGAUGAGACAAAUGAUCUCAACCAAUCUAAUAAUGUACAAAUAAUACCAAAUUCUAAUCGUAAAAUCGAAAUAAUGGACGUAGUGUCCAGUCCUUCAGAGGAAAAAAUAACUUGGAACAAUAAUAACGUAAAAGAAGAGGAAAACUGUAAAGUGCAAAAAAUAGAUGAUACUAAUACAAAAAGGAUACCAAAAGUAAUAUCUUCUCAGAACUCUAUCUCAAAGAUUAAUAUUGAACCCGAAAGGAACAAAUUUAAUGAACCUGUCCAAUUUACGAAAAUAACUCAAAUAUUGGAUGCUUUACCUAGUGCUUCUGAAGAUAAAAUAAGAAUUGUAACUAAUAGUAAUCCUGACAUGAAUGAUAGUGAGACACAAGUCACGGAUAGUGAAGAAAUUAUUGUAAAUAAUGGAUUGAAUAAUGAAGACGGUGAUAAUGAUAAUGUAAAUAACGAAGGGAAUGAUGAUAAUAGUAAUCACGACACUACGACAGAAACAGAGUUCAGUGAUUUGACAGAAGAAGACUCUUUAGAUCAAACAAUAAAUGAAGAUUUACAACCACAGAUUACUGAAAAUAUGAAUUUUGUUGAUAAUAUUAUAAAUGAUGGAACAAAUUCAGAAUCCGACUUGAGUAUAAAUGUUGAAUCUAGAGAGUUAUAUGACGAAGAAAAUAAAAGUGCAGACUGUGAAGAUUUCGGCGAUAAAGAUGAAAUAGAUGGCUUAAAAUCUCGUAAUAGUAUACAGACAAAAGAAGAUUAUUUAGACCAGACAGAAAAUAAGGAAGACUUACAAUCACAAACUAGUCAAAAUGCGGAAGUUGUUGAUAGUAACAUAAAUAGUCGAGAAAACUCAGAGUCUGAUUUGAGUUUAAAUUUUGAAUCUGAAGAGUCAUAUGAUGAAGAAAAUAGAAAUGUAGAUAGUAAAGAUUUCAGUGACGAAGAUGAAAUAGAUGGGUUAAAAUCUCGUAAUAAUACACAAAUAAAAGAAGAUUGUUUGGAUCAGUCAGAAAAUAAGGAAGAUUUACAACCACAAACCAGUCAAAAUGUGGAAAUUAUUGAUAGUAACAGAAAUAGUCAAGAAAACCGAGCGUCUGAUUUUAGUUUAAAUUUUGAACCUGAAGAAUCAUAUGAUGAAGAAAAUAGAAGUGUAGACAGUAAAGAUUUCAGUGACGAAGAUGAAAUGGAUGGGUUGAAAUCUCGUAAUAGUAUCCAGAUAAAUGAAGAUUGUUUAGAUCAGACAGUAAAUAAGGAAGACUUACAAUCACAAACUAAUCAAAAUUCGAAAGUUGUUGAUAAUAAUAUAAAUAAUCGAGAAAACUCAGAUUCUGAUUUCAGUUUAUAUUUUGAACCUGAAGAAUCAUAUGAUGAAGAAAAUAGAAGUGUAGAUAGUAAAGAUUUCAGUGAGGAAGACGAAAUUGAUGGUUUAAAAUCUCGUAAUAGUAUCCAGAUAAAUGAAGAUUGUUUAGAUCAUACAGAAAAUAAGGAAGAUUUACAACCACAAACCAGUCAAAAUGUGGAAAUCGUUGAUAGUAACAUAAAUAGUCAAGAAAACCGAGCGUCUGAUUUCAGUUUAAAUUUUGAACCUGAAGAAUUAUAUGAUGAAGAAAAUAGAAGUGUAGAUAGUAAAGAUUUCAGUGAGGAAGAUGAAAUAGAUGGUUUAAAAUCUCGUAAUAGUAUCCAGAUAAAUGAAGAUUGUUUAGAUCAUACAGAAAAUAAGGAAGAUUUACAACCACAAACCAGUCAAAAUGUGGAAAUCGUUGGUAGUAACAUAAAUAAUCAAGAGAACCGAGCGUCUGAUUUGAGUUUAAAUUUUGAACCUGAAGGAUUAUAUGAUGAAGAAAAUAGAAGUGUAGACAGUAAAGAUUUCAGUGACGAAGAUGAAAUGGAUGAGUUGAAAUCUCGUAACAGUAUACAGAUAAAAGAAAAUUGUUUAGAGCAGUCAGAAAAUAAGGAAGAUUUACACCCACAAACUAGUCAAAAUGUGGAGGUUGUUAAUAACAUAAAUAAUAACGGAGAAAAUUUUGAUCUAAGUUUAAAUAUUAAAUCUAGAGAGUCAUAUGAUACUGAUAAUGGAAGUGUAGAUAGUACAAAUUUUAGCUAUGAAGAUGAAAAAGAUAUUCCACGAACAGAUCUAUUUAAUAAAAUGAUUAGUGAGUUGUUAUCACUAAAAGAAAGCAUUUCUAAAACGUUAAAUGACAUGAAAAAAUCAAUGAAACAUUCCAAUAUAUCAGUUGAACAAGAUAAAGUUGAAUCAGCUAAUGAUAAUAAAGAAAAUAGUGAGGUAUAUAAAGUUAAUCGUGAUAAUGAUAUCGAAAAGUCAAAAAAUGACUCAAAUUCUUUUAUUAGAACGUUGGACAACAAUGAUGAAAACGCUAACAAUAUUAAUAGCCAAGAAUUACAAAAUAUGUCGGAUAACUUACUGCACUUGAGUACUAGAAAUGAUCAGGAACCACUAGGUACACAAACAAUAGAAUGUACUGAAGCUAUAACCGACAGUAGUAUUGAAUCUAAUGAAUUUGGAGCUUCAAUAAAUACUCUUACAAAAAGUACAGAGGUUUUUGAUGAAUCUGCCGAAAAUAAAAGUAUUGAAUCUACAACAGAAUCACAAAUUACACCUGUUACGGAGAUUAUCGAUAGUAAUACAGAUUUUAUUAGUAAUACUAUGAAGGCGCAUGAAGCAGAUUCUGAAAACUCGUGCUUAGACAGAAAUAUUGGUAUUAAUACCGAUAAAAAUAACGAAAUGACAGCCGAAGGCAGUCAUCCGGUUGGAAAUACUAUUACAACAGAUAAUACACUAUUUCCUAAUAUUUUCCGGUCUAAUUUACUAGAUCCAAAAUUAAAUAUUGGUGAUAUUUUAAACCUUAAUUUGCCACAAAGUUCAGUUAUACCCAACAUAUUUGAUAAACCUAAUAAUAAUAUGGAUGCGGCAGAACAUGAUAAUAAUGAUUGUUCACUUAUGGCAACACAAGCCAAUACGCCUUUUUCUAAAACCAUAAUAUCACCGUUGAAACCAUUGGAAGAUAUUGAUUUAGAUAUUUUUCAAUUGAACCCAUUAAUAGGAUCACAAAAUAUAUUUUCUAAAUUGCCUCGACUAAAUAUAAAUUCUUAUAAAACAAAAUUAGCUAUGCCUAAGACAUUGGGGAUUAUGCCGUUGAAAUUAGAAUCAUCCGUAGGCAACAAUAAUGGUAUAUUUGGAGCAAGUUUGACUAUGGGUCCUAAAGUACCUUUAGGAAAAAUAGGGAAAGAGCCAUCUAUUCUGGGAACGCCUUUAAAUAACUUACCCACUUUUGAAGAUUUACAAGAAAGUAUAAGAGAAAAUGCACAUAAUUUAUUAUAUACACCUUUAGAAAUAACCAGUAAAAAUGUAUUUGAUGAUACAUUACGCUCUGGACAAACAAUUUCAGAUAACAUUAGAUCUCACACUAAAAAUGCUAUGAGGGAUAUUCAGCAAACAUUGGAAACAACACUAAAAGAUGUAAAAAAUAGCGAUUUAGCCGUUUUAGGUGAUUCAUUAUCAAAUCCACAUGAAUUUCUACAAGCAGUUUCCAGAACACAUGAAGACGUUAAUGAUAAAUUGAAAGCGAUACAUUAUGAUUUGAAUGAUCGGCUUGAAUCGAUUCGUGACCGUAUUAUUGAUCCGUCAUUGUUACCAUCUUUGACUUUACCUCUACCUUUAAGUCAGCACAGUGGAAAAUAUAGUGAAUCUGCAAUUUUCCCCAGCUAUAGUGAACGUAAACCAGUUCGUUAUUUAGAAGCCAAGAGUGAAUCAUGGAAGGAUAAAACAUCAUUAAAAAAAUCCGAUUCAAAAGCAAAAUUAAGUACACCAAAGAUAUCUUCGCCUAAAAGGAAACCACCAUCAACAAAAACAAUCUCCGAUAUUCCAUUGUUUAAAGGCUCGGAAGUGUCAAAAUUAAAAGGAGCAGCUUCAGAACCUUCACUUGUACAGUACCCUGCUUUUAAAAUACCACAUUUCUCAUUGGAUAAAAAAUCUUUUCCUAAUCUUUUAGCUGAACCAAUAUCGCGAUUUAGAGAUAGCAAAAUUCCCGUACUAAGUACAUAUAAACCUAAAAGUAAAGUGAAAAUAUCAUUUUCACAAACAACAAAGCGUCCACAAACACUUCCUUCUUUAAAAAAUAAAAAUUCUUAUGGACUGCCUAAAUCUAAACUUAAUACAACACCUGUACUAAAGAAGGUAAAGCUACCGACGCUUUAUCGCGAAUCGGUUAAAAAUAAUCAUCGUAUGCAAUCAGUAAAAUCUAAACAAAGGUCUAAUUUUGAUUCCAAUGGAGCUGCCAGUGACUUAACUACAUCUGUACUACAACCAUCUUUAAAUAAACCUAACAAAGUUAAAUCUGCUAUUGAAUUAAAUGAAUCUGAUUAUAAUACGAGAAAAGAUCUAAAAAAUUCCCCAGAAAGUCUUGAUCUGGUUGAUAUUCCCAAAUCUAGAUUUAUGAAUUCAAUCUUUAAGAACAGGUCGAAUCAAUUUAAAAAAUCAAAGUUAAAUGAAGAUUUUAUGAGAAAUCUAAACAGCAAAUUAAGAAGUACAACUGUGCUAAACAAAUUGCCUGAUACAAGAAAUACCAAUUUCUUUUCUAUGGGAGAAAAUAUGCCAGAUAAUUCACUGCCAUCAGAUGUAUUAAAUGACAUCGACAGAUCUGAUUCGAUUCAAUUUAAUACAGAUAUGACGCGAUCAGCUUCAAAAAGCAAUGAUAUGAUUCAAUAUAAAAAUAAACCACUUGAGGAAAAUACUUCAUAUACAUGUAGAAUGAUGUGCACAAAGAAAGUCUAAGUAUAAUAAAUUAAAAUUUAAUUGUAAGUUAGUUUAUUAUCCAAGUUAGAAAAUGACAAUGUCCAUUACAAAUAUUAAUACAUAGAAAGUUACUAAAUUUCACAAACUUGCAUAAAUAAAUUUGUAUUCUUUCAGUUAAAGAGAUUAUUUAGUAUUUAAUUUUAUAAUGGAAAACUGUAUAAUUUUAUUAAGAUGUUAAGAUGUAUGUUUUUGUUGUAAGUAUUGUACAUAAAAUGUAAAUAAACUAGAUUAUAAGUUUUGAUACGAAAAU